AUGGCCCAGUCCCCUGCUCUGAGCACCCUCGACCACUGGAUCUUACCCCAGGGCUGGGGCUGGGCUGGGCACUCGGACUCCACGUCCCCCGCCUCCUCCUCGGAUUCGUCGGGGUCGUGCCCCUGCGACGGUGCCCGCGGCCCCUCGCAGGCCCCUCCCCCGGUCCGCUGCGCCCCUGCCCCAGAGGCCGCCCAGACGGCGCCGGGACGCGCGCGCUCCGGGCCGGCCGUCGGGCAGCGGCAGAGCGCCAGCGAGCGCGAGAAGCUGCGCAUGCGCACGCUCGCCCGCGCCCUGCACGAGCUGCGCCGCUUCCUGCCGCCGUCCGUGGCGCCCGCCGGCCAGAGCCUGACCAAGAUCGAGACGCUGCGCCUGGCCAUCCGCUACAUCGGCCACCUGUCGGCCGUGCUGGGCCUCAGCGAGGAGAGCCUGCGGCGCCGGCGCCGGCGACGCGGCGACGCGGUGCUCGCUCGGGGCUGCCCGCUCUGCCCCGACGGCGGCCCCGCGCAGGCACAGCCGCAGGCGCAGGCGCGCGGGUCGGGCCUGGGUUCGACCGCCCCCGCCGCUGGGGCCUGGGGGUCCCCGCCCGCCUGCCCCGGAGCCCCAGCUGCGCCCGAACGUUUGAGAAGCAGGGUCCCCGACGUGGGUCCCUGGGUCUCACCCUCUCACUGCCCCGGGAUGCAGCCGCUUCCGCAAGUGUCCCAAGGGAGAGCUCCGGACGCGGCCCUUUGGACGCCGCCCCCAGCGCGUUCCGGAACGCAGACACCCCCAGAGCCGGGGACCCAGGCCACGUCCUGGGCGCUGCUGCCCGCCAACGCGGAGCCUUCUGCAAUGUACCAGGGUGUCCCUGUGUCUCCCGAGACCUAUCUGUUGCCAGAAACCCCACCGCUCCUGCCGGACCCAGCAUGCCAGAGACUCCAGCCUCAGACCCAGUGGGGAUACUGGGGCCACGGUACAGAGGUGCUCCCCAGCUCCGAGGACCAGGGACCAGGCCCUGCCUUCCAGUUCGGUGAUGAAAACCCUCUCCAGAGCUCAGGCCUGCAGCUCAGUGGCUGCCCUGAAUUUUGGCAAGGAGACUUGGAGGGGGGCCACCUGAGCAUCUUCUACUAAUGGCCUUGCCUGUCCCCUUUUGAGCGAGGAAUCAAGCCUGUAGUGUGGGCCCUCCUCAUUUAAGACAUCAGUGGUUUUCAAGUAUCCCUGUAGCCAAGGGUCCCUGUCCCGAGUGAUGUCUUUCGUGC